AAGGCAAAGACGGACAUAGGAAAUAAUAAUAAUAAGAAGAAGAAUAAAUUUUCACAAAGUUUUUAUUAAAAUUUAUUAAAGUGAUUAUUAUUGCAUUAACACAACUAUGAUAAAGCACAACGGUUAAUUUAUUUCUUAGCUUCUCUUCAGAAUUUUACCUUCUUUACCGGGAUGUCCAGCCAAGAGAAGCGACGCAAGUUCAAUGAAGCCGUCGUCAACAUGCUCUUUCCUCCUCCGCCUCCUCCUCCGCACCCACAAGAUGGGGACGAACCUCUGAACAUUCUCAGUGAAGGCUUUGAUGCGGAACUAUUUUCAGGUCCAAAAAAAUCGAACGUAGAUGAGUUGGGUUUGGGGGAGAUCGGUUCUUCCACCACGAGUGAUGAGGAUGAUGAUGGUGGUGGUGGUGGUGGUGGUGGCAAUGAUAGCGGGUCUCAGAAGCUUACAAGAGCUCAGCGGAAGAGACUCCGUAAAAAGAAGCUCAAGGAAGACGCUUCUCGCCGUAGGAAGAUUAUUGGGCCCCUUUUACCUCCCCAUAAUGAUAAACUUGAAAAUGAUCCUCCAACUGUUCGAUGUUAUGCCGCUGAAGAAGCUUUUGACAAGCCAGGAGAACCAUCUAAUUUAGGUCCCCAGAACAAACUAAAGCAAAGGAGGAUGGCAAAGAAACUGGCCAGGAAAAGCCUCAAAGUGUCCAGUGAAGAGGACUGCCAUCAAUAUCAAAACUUGAGUUCUGCUGAUGAACAACAAGCGUGAACGACACUGCCUUGAGAAUUUUUUGUUUGGGAAUUUGGUUGAAUGGAAAUAAUUUAUACUC